AUGCGCGCGACGCCCUCGCUGAUGGCCAAGGGCAUAUUCUCUCGAACAAUGGACGAAUUUAAGCGUCGCGCGAGUAUUGUCGCAAAAGCCGAAGGCAUCAAGGGCCCCUCGGGUCCCUACGUCCUCCAAGACUUCCGCACACCAGGCUCGACCGACGACUGCAAACUCAUGUCCGACCAAGAGAUUGGCGGCUUCUCCCACAGCGCCCUCGACUGGGUCUCCUCCUCCUCCGCGACAGCGACGACAACAUCACCACAAAGCACACCGACGACUAGCGCAGGCCAUGCCCGCUUUCACGGCACAAUAUCAACAGACCUCCCCAAAAACGAUCCCAAAAUCCAACGCACAGGCUUCGCGGCAUGGCGGACACCAGACCAGAAGCCCACGCUUUUCGGCAAGGCCGUCUGGGAUAUUGACCCGUACUCCUACCUCGCGAUGCGCGUCAAGUCGGACGGCCGGAGCUACUUUAUCAACCUGCAGACGGACUCGGUGGUGCCGACGGACCUGCACCAGCACAGGCUGUUCGCCAAGCGGCCCGGGGAGUGGGAGACUGUGUUUGUCAAGUGGAACGAGUUCGUGAGGACGAAUCACGGCUUCGUUAUUGAGCCGCAGACGGAGAUGCUAAGGUCAAAGGUCACGACGGUGGGCGUGGGGCUUACGGAUCGGGUGCCGGGGCCGUUUGAGCUUUGCAUUGAGAGGAUUUGGGCGACGAAUGAUGUUGAUGAGAUUGAUGGGGGUAGUGGGAGUGAUAUUUUGGCUGCGGAUGAGGCGAGAGAGGCGCGGGAGAGUGAGUUGAGGAAUCGGCAGGGGGAGAGUGUUCGUUGGAAGGAGACGUGA